GGAGGUAGAGGAGGCGCUGGGGGCAGAGGCGGCGCGGCGGCUGUCAGUUGUGUUCCUUUUUUUUUUCCUCGUCAAAAGUCUGUAGUUGUGGCUGCUGUUGAUGAGUCUCGUGGAUGAGUUUCAGUUUUGACUGAUGUGCAGCGCGCGCGCGUGGAGCCUCCUCGUCUCUGGAACCCGCGUGAAACCGACAAACUUCUGUUCUCCUCCUGCGCUUUGUUGACACUGAUAUGUUUUGGUGCCAGGUUCGGUGAUUUUUGGCUCGUUUUGGGACUGGCUCGUGGAUAGACAGGUGCAUUGACAAAGUGUUCGCCUCUGCCACACGUUCUGGUUCACCUGGAUUUUGUGUUCACGCGCGUCGUGCCUUGAAACAGUCGGGGGGGGAAAAAAGGAACUGGACUUGUUGCGCCUAAGGAGAGCGCACGAGUUUCCAUCCAAGUUGGUGCUGUACCUGCCCGUGCGCAGUGUUCCGCUCUGAUUUGGACGGUUCCACCACAGCGGGGAUGGUCUGUGCGGGUCAGACGUAGCCCCCCAAAAAAACCUCCAGCAGCUCUGCGCGCAGUCAGCGUGAGAUCCAGCUCACAAACGCCGAAACUGGGUCGGUUUAUUUCCUCCAGUCAGACAGAAAACGGGAUGUAGGAGACGCGUGUUUUGUGGCAUCCAUGCACAGGCGAGGAAAACUUUCUCUGCUUCGACCAGUUCAUUCAUUUCCCCGCGCGUAAACAGAGAAGAAGCCCCGCAGCCCACUUCCAGUCAACAUGUCUGAGCGCGAUGGCUUUGGAGACGGGCUGUGCAGCGAUGGAGCGCCAGACUGUAUCCCGCCCAGAGCGUCCCGCGGCCGGAGGAGCGGGGUGAUCGUCCCCGGGGGCGGACAGGACACGGACACCAUCCUCCUGGAGUCCGUGAAAGCAGCCCCACGCAGGAGCAGCAUCAUAAAGGAUCCAUCGGUGCAGAAAGUCGGAGGAGGCAGAAAGAAAACGGUCUCGUUCAGCAGCAUGCCCUCGGAGAAGAAGGUGAGCAGCGCGGGGGACUGCUUGGCGUUCAUGCAGGGCGGGUGUGAGCUGAAGAAGAUCCGCCCCAACUCCAGGGUCUACUGCCGCUUCUACACGCUGGAGCCGGACCUCACCUGUCUGCGCUGGGAGCCCUCCAAGAAGGACGGGGAGCGGGCCAGACUCGAAGUGUCCAGCAUCAGAGAGGUCAGAACAGGCAAGAGCACGGAGACCUUCCUCCACAACGGGCCGCUGUCCGAGCACCUGGCGGAAGAGGCGGCGUUCUCCAUCAUACACGGGGAUGAUUACCAGUCUCUGGACCUGGUCGCGCUGUCAGCAGACGUGGCUAACAUCUGGGUAACGGGCCUUCGCUACCUAUUGGCGCACCCUUCAGUCAUCGGGGCGUCCGGAGGAGUCGGCGGCGGAGUCCUGCCCGAGGGGAGCCUGUCGGUGGAGGGAAGUCUGGGGAGUAAGAUGAGGAGCGAGUGGCUGGCGACGGAGUUUGCCGCGGUGGAUGAAGACGGGUACGGCAUCGUGUCCGAGGACGUGGCGGUGACGACCAUCUGCAAACUGUGUCCUGGGAUCAAAGAGGCGAAGGUGCGUCUUCGCUUUAAGGAGAUCCAGCGCAGUAAGGAGAAGCUGACGUCCCAUGUGACUCGUGAGGAGUUUCAGGAAGCGUUCUGCGAGCUGUGCACACGGCCUGAUGUUUACUUUCUUUUAGUCCAACUGUCCAAAGACCGUGAGUGUUUGGACCCUCAGGACCUCAGGCUGUUCCUGGAGACGGAGCAGGGCUUGUCCCUGGCUACAACUGAGGGCUGCUGGGAGCUGCUGAGGAGGUACGAGCCCUCAGCGCAGGGACGGGAGAUGGGGCUGAUGGGAAUCGACGGCUUUGCCCGGUAUCUGCAGUCUCCAGAGUGUCAACUACUGGAUCCUGAACACCAAGGGGUCUGCCAAGACAUGAACAUGCCUCUGUCGCACUAUUACAUCAGCACAUCGUACCGCUCCUAUCUCCUGGACGACCAGGUCCACGGCAGAGCUGACCUCGGUGGACUUAUAAAGGCCCUGCAGGCUGGCUGUCGCUGCCUGGAGCUCGGGAUCACUGACGGCCCAGAGGGGGAGCCUCUUCUUGGGGUGGACCUCGGGCCUGAUAUCCCUCGUCAUCAUCACCAUCAUCAUCAUCACCACCACGCCCCGGUCACCAUCCGCUCUGCUCUGGAGGUGAUCAACAAGUAUGCCUUUCUGACGUCCCAGUACCCGCUCCUCAUUUACCUGUGCCAUCGCUGUACGCCGUCCCAGCAGCGGGUCAUGGCACAGCACCUUAAGAAAGUGUUUGGGACUCGUCUGUACACUCCUGAGGCGCUCCCGGUCACUCUAGGGGGGCGAGCCACCACCCUGCCCUCUCCAGAGCAGUUAAAGGGGCGUGUUCUUAUUGUAGGAAAGAAGCUGCCCUCAGAGCUGGACGAUUCUGAUGGAGAAGUGUCUGAGGAGGAUGAGGAGAUCGGAGGCGGCGGGCCUUUAGCCGGCCGCAGAAUGACCAUCCCCGGUGAGGAGGAGCUGGGCGUGGUGCUCGUUGUGCCCCCUCCCUCUCAGCCCCGGAAACUGCGGCUCCACAAAGAGCUGUCAGACCUGGUGAGUAUCGUUCGGACGGGCAGCCGCAGCUUCUACGCUCAGAGAGCCACUUUUAAACUGGCACAGCAGCAGUCCCCUCCGAGCAGCCCCUGCUCCCCGGGCACGCCGCUGCCCCCUGAACCUCCGUACUGGACUCUGUGCUCUCUGGGGGAAGGAGAAGCCGGACGUCUGAGCAGCGAGAGCCCAGAGGACCUGGUCAUGUUCACCAAACGCACUCUGACCAGAGUCCGCCCCAGCUCUGUGAGGCUGGACUCUAGUAACCCCAACCCCCAGGGCUACUGGAAGGGAGGGGUGCAGCUCGUGGCCUUGAACCAGCAAACCCCUGGUGCCAUGCUGGACCUUCACCGAGGACGCUUCUCUCAGAACGGCGGCUGUGGCUUUGUACUCAGACCUGCCGUCAUGAGAGAUGAGGUGUCUUACUUCAGCGCCCACACUCAAGGCUGCGUCCCCGGGGUGCCGCCACAGACGCUCCGCGUUAAGGUGAUCAGCGCCCAUAACCUGCCCAAGCCCCAGGGGUCGGGCGCUAAGGGCGAGGUCAUCGACCCGUACGUGGUCCUGGAGCUGCACGGCGUCCCUGCAGACUGCGCGGAGCAAAGGACACGCACGGCCGCUCAGAACCAGGACGACCCGCUGUUUGACGAGACCUUUGAGUUCCAGGUGAACAUGCCGGAGUUGGCCUUGCUUCGCUUCGUCGUACUGGACGAUGACUACAUAGGUGACGAUUUCAUUGGGCAGUUCACGGUGGCCUUCGAGUGCCUUCAGCCCGGAUACCGGAACGUGCCCCUGCUGGGUUUGGCGGGUGAACCCUUACCUCACUCCAGUCUGUUCGUGCACGUGGCCGUGACGAACAGGAGGGGCGGGGGCAAGGCUCAGCGGAGGGGGUUGUCCGUGAGACGGGUGGCGCGCAGAGGGAGAGAAUACGUCACCCUGCGGCACACGGGGAUCAAGGUGCUGGACGAGGCCUUCAAACCAGCCGGCGCUCUGAUGAAGGAGGCGGCGGAUCUACGAGAGGAGGCGCAGAGCACCACGGCCAGUUUCAAAGAGCAGUGUGGGCUCCCCACAGUGGCCAAACUGAAGCAGUGCAUCCAGAGCUUAGCCACGCGGCUGCAGACCUCUGAGGGCAUCAUGGGGGCGUGUAUGGUGCUGAAGGACGGGUACCCCUGUCUAGAGGCCCAGGUCAACCUCCCCGAGCCCACCAAGAAGCUGCUCACUGCCUACGACACGAUGAUCGCGGCUCAGAAGCAGCUGAUCGAGAGCGCAGACAGUCUCCAGGACAAAGUGGCUCAGGUUCAGAAAGAAGGAAUGGACUUUCACGAGGAUCUGUCUCGUCUCGGGGAGAAGGAGGGGCUAAAGGGACGCAAACUCAACAAGGCCGUGGAGAGUUUCACCUGGAACAUCACCGUGCUCAAGGGUCAGUGUGAUCUGCUGCGCGGGGCAAAGAUGGACUCUCUGGACGCUCUGAGGCAGCUGGCUCUGGCCUGCGAAGCCUGCGGACUCACCUCCUCCUCUCCAUCGUCAAACUCCUCCUCCUCUUUCUCCACCGCCGAGCUGCACUACUCCUCCCAUCCACAGGGGGGCCGCAGGGGCAGUAGUUACGGCAACGGACGCAUCUGACGCCCUCCUCCCACCAAAACAGAAGAAAAAACAAAAGAUAAAGAUUUGAUUUGUAAUAAAAGCCUAGACUGAACCAGCCCAGAAAGCCUUAAGGUGUGAGGGAGACGGUGGACUUGUUAUUUAUGAAUGUAAUUACGAAAAAUCUGGGUUUUGAAGGACACGCAGAUGUUUUGAAGGACACGCUGACGUCUUUUGACAGCUCCAAAGAUACAUGUGUCUUGACUUUUUAAAGCAAUGGGUGGAUUCCUUUGUCGGAGUUGGCUGAGUCACUUUUUUAAAUUGUAUGGGCGGCUCACCCUGGGGGACCUCGCCAUCUCACGCCUCUGUGUGGGAACAAAACUGCAAAUGUCAAGAACGAAGGAAAGUUUAGGACUUUCAAGUCUAAAAGCAUUAAAUAAAACCUCAAACUUGUAUUUUUUUGAUAGAAGCAGGUGGAAUAACUAAAAUUUAAAGUUUUUUUUUGUGAUUGGGCUGAUGUUGUGGUGAUAGAAACGCAUCCAAACCUCGUCAAAACAUCAAAAAACUCGUCAAAACUUCGGAAUAUUUCACAAAACUUGGGUCGUUUUUAGUUGGUUUGAAAGUCCAAACAAAUAAGAGGUAGAACAGACUGAUUCUUGUCCAAAUUUGGGCGUACAAUGAUUGUCCCAAUAGCUGAAAGUUUAGCAGUUUGAUUCACACUCCGUUCCCAUUUGUUUUGUGUCCUUGAGCAAGACACAUCCCCCUCUAGGACGUUACCUGUCCCUGUAGUUGUGAGUUUGACGCCCCCCCGAGCGCAAAACGGCAGCAAUAUUAAGUCUUAAUAAGUCUGAUGUGGUCCAGGAGAAGCAGCGUGACUGGAAAAGUGAAUGUAUAAACGUAUUUCAUUAUUAGCGUUGUCUCAAACUGACCUUAAAACGUUCACCUGACGACGAGCGAGGAGCGUCCGAAACUUGAGUACUGUAAACGAGAGAGUAACUCGAGAAGUACGAGCGGAUACGGCGGUACUACUCUUUGUUGUAGUACACGGCGAGUAUCAAGUUUUAACCCGCUAACCAUAUCUUUACAAGCGGGCUAAAGGAUGCUAAAGGAUGCUAAAGGAUGCUAAAGGAUGCUAAAGAAUGCUAAAGGAUGCUAAAAGAUGCUAGCAGCUCGUACACUGGGAUUGUUUGAGUCCAACGAUGAAUUUUGAUGAAGUACACUGUGUUGAUGUAGCAAUAAUAGAGUUAAGAAAGUUAACGAGGCGAACAGUUUGCGUAAAUUAUGAAAAAUGUUUUUAGUUUUGUGUGUUAAACUGUUAAACUGAACGUGCUGUCCAGAUGGUUCCACUGCCCGCUGACCCGUUUUCCCGUCUGCUCGGCCUUUUGAGUGUCGCUGUGUUUUGUUCGCGUGCUUUUGUAUCGUCGCGAUGCUGCUUUACUCGAACCAAACCGGGGCGAAAACUAAGCUAUCGUCAAAAAAAAAAACCUCCUUAAAUCUAACGUUUUACUCACAAAAGCGCAAAGGUUUUAACUACAAGUCUGAUUUUAAAUGAGUUUAGGCAAAAUGACGAUUGAAACAACACAAGUGCAAUUGCUCAGUGAUUAUUUUGGUGCGCUAUGUAACCUGCUUGUUUCCGCAGUACGGCAUUAUACUUGUCUAUCUCCAUGGCGACAAGCACCUGACCAUAGAUUGUACAUAUAUAAACGGACGUAGCCAACCUGCUAGCCGCCGCCGCGCUCCAAACAGGAAGUGAGCAUGGUCGCACUUCCUGGUUCCAUCGACUCUGGCUCCAAUUCACUUUACAUUGAAAAAAAAAAAAAAAAAACUGCACAUUUUUCAAUUUGUUUUUCAGCAAUAAAAACGCAAACCGAAACAAUGCAAUAUGCGCAGCUUUAAUGCCAUACUGCGGAACAUUCUGGGGAAAGCAAUAAGUCUCUACGAGUGCCAUCGGGUUUUAAAAUUGGCUGUUUUUUUUUGUUCGGAAAGUACUGAUUUUUGUGUGUUUUUAUUACAUUUCAAAGUGGCACUUAGCAACAAAAAAAAAGUAAUGAUUUGUUUUCAAUUUAAAUCCGCUGCAGUUUUUACGAGAAAUUAACCCGUUGAUUUUAGAAGAACACGGACAGGCUGAAUGUUUCUGAACCCUUUAAGAAUCCGUCAUCGAAAAACAAUUUACGAGCUACUUCAAGUUCACUAGACCCGCUCCCGUGUCGUACUUUCGUGUUUAAAGGGCCGUGUUUCGCUGUUUUCUGAUCUAUUUUAACGUUUCCUCGUCGAAAAACCAGACCUGGAGUUGCGUUUUGUUUCAUUCACACAUGUUUAACGACACAAACCCUGCAUAUUUAGGCUCUUUUCACAAACCGAAAACACUCCGUUCCACUUUGUGAUGUCAUGUGGCGAUACAGGAAGUGCUUUUUUUUUUUUUUUUUUUAACUCUGUACAUCUUCACUAGUAACAUCUGGAUGAUUUCAGACCUGGAAUUGCCCAUCUGUAAUGAACUGAAGGUUGAAAAAAAACCUCAAAAACUACAACUUCAUGACAUCACGAGGUGGAACAGCGCAGAUAGACUAAUAAUAAAGUGUGCAAAUGAAACAAAACACAACUCCGGGGAUGUUUUUGAUGACGCCACGACAUUAUAACGUGACUUGAAGCUCAGAAGAGUCAGUUUGGCGUAAUAUCGUCCCUUUCGUCUCGUUAUAGACUCGACCCUGUUCCAGACUUUCCACUGAUCUACAUUCCUUUAACCUACAUGUUUUCAUUUUGGGCCGUGUUAUCGAUGCUCGGAGCUGAUCUCGUGUUAUUUUUUUAAACAUUUUCCUCGCGUUUUGUGUCAGAAAAGCCUUUGAAACUGUGUGGUAUCUGUUAGUUCUGGCUGUUGAUUGGCUGGGCACACCUGCGGGUUUUUAUAAUUGGUGGUGAGCCGUACAUAGAUUGGCAACACCUGCUGCUUUAGUCUAUAAAUAACACGUCGCUGUACGCCGUCGUCUGUCAUGAUACCACACUGCCCUAUUUCCUGCUCCACUGAUCCACACCGGUCCCUCCUCCUAUCUCUCCCUUACAUAUUGCCAAACAAUUAUAUUCCCUCUUUAAAAUGCAGUAGCUUCAAACGCCACGACUCCACGCUGCCGCCAAGAGGCCGUCGGGAGUUAUUUCGGACACGUCCUGUUUACCUGUCUGCUGGGGAUAUUCUCCAUCAAUGUUGCAUUAGCUUCAGUAAAACUAACCGCAGUGUUAGCUUUCUGUUGUUCCGGUUUACGAGUCCACUUCAACUAGGUCAAAAGAGCGAGCGGCGUGCGGAAGUGAAGAAACGCAGAGUGAAUGAGGUUUUGAGGCGUCGCGUUUCAGUCCUUUCGUAACGAGGCGAAGGUAUAAGCCUGUUAUUUUUGAAUACGAAAUCUGUAAACAGCUUAGUGUCUAGAUAUUUUACAGUGACGUCGCGCUGUGGGGUUUUACAUGUGUCUCUAUGGCGGAUUGUUCAGCAGUUACAGCGGCGACACGAUGCGCACGUUAGCGAACACGGACGAAAAAGUCGUAAGGUUGUUUGGAAAAAAUACAAAAUGGAUUUUAAAAGCGUGUUUUUUUUCGGGAGCUGGUGAUCAGUUUGAGCGGUCGUGGUCCCGUUUACGAGUUUGAUUUUACACAAAAAAAAAUUGUGAAAGUGCUGAAAAACUGUUGGCUAACGCUAGCUAGCUUGCGACAGUGAUGCUAAUUGAGAGGAACUUGUUUAACAGCGCAAAACUACUCGACUUAACAGGUUCUUUCUGGUCAGAUUGUGUCAAAACAAAGAUUAAACAUUAAAGUCUAACUUGAGUAAUAAAGCUUCAGACGCAGCAGUGCCUCCGGUUAGCUUCACAGCCCCGAUUCAAAAUUCACACCUGGAAAACCCCCAGAUCAGGUCAUUUCAAUGUUAUUUUAAUCUGUUUUAUUACUUUUUCAAACUCGGGCGAAAGUGCACGACGAUUGGAUGAAUUUCAACAGCCAAAAUACUGAACGUGAUCUUAAAUAAAAAUAAUAAAAAUACUAAAAACAUCCCACAGUCACCGCUCGUCUCUCGUCGGGAUCCAGAUCUACUUUCUUUCUGCGUUCUCACUCCGGCUUCUUGUGUAUCGAGUGCUUCGUCGGGUCUAAAAAUGCGUUUGGACUGGGAGUUUCACGUCGUUCUCGUCUUAAGCUCAAACUGUCUGUGCUCUGCGUGUGUGAUUCUCUGUGAUUUCAGGACCUGUCGUACUUAAACCCUGCGGUCGUCGUGGUGUGAACACAGAUCACGUUUGUAAAGGUGUUUGGGGUUUAUAUUAACUGUGGCAUCUAGAGUGUCCUUAUAUCAGUGUUCUCUCAGCUGUUCUUAUGGUUCAUUGUAUGUUUUUGUAAAAUAUAAAACAAAAAAAAACACCAACAGAAAGAAAAAAUAUUUAUUUAAGUGUGUUUUAAAAAGCAUAAAUAUAAUAAUAAAUUAAAUAGACUUUUAUUUUGAAAAGCUUUUGUGUUUUUCUAUCUGACGAAUAAUCAAAUAACAAGAGUAUGUUUCCCAAACUAAAUAAAACCAUUUU